AAAGUUUUUUAAACAGAAUCCACAAGGUUUUGCCGCUUGUGCCUAAGACGGAACCAACUUAUAACACUUUUCCAUUCACAUUGAAUUCCAAAGGUGCUUCAGUCAGUAUCAAGCAGAGACCUUCGUCAUGACCAGUUCUUCCCCUUGGCUCGCUUGCCACCCCCUCGGCGAAUACAUAACUCCCUGUAACUUAGUCAAGCAAAGCACUCAGUGGUAUCCAGAACACCAUAAUUCCAUCAUCAUAGUUAGCCCUGCAUCUUCGCUUGUUCUGGAUGGGAGUCAAAAUCCAACGCAACUCCAGGAAUAUACAGGGAGUCCGCUUCAACUAUGGCGAUUUGAGCGUACUGAAACGGGCAACUUCUUGAUAAAGAAUGUUGGUAGUCAGAGAUACUUGCAAGUACAGGGCGACGGCAAAAAUUUUAACGGAAUAGUCACUGAGUCAAAAAACGGGGAACCGAAUCAACAGUGGCAGUAUAAUCAUCCGGACCAAACUAUAGUGAAUCCCGCCACUGGUAGAGUGUUAGAUAUACCCAGACUUAAUUUUACUGCAGGGACUAAGAUAAUGCUUUAUGACAAAAAUGCUGGAACUAAUCAGCAAUUCUCCCUCCAAUUUAAAUAAUUUGAUUAAAAACAGAGCAAAAAUUGGAACUACUUGUAUUUUUACAGUUUGCCAAAAUUCUAACCAACACAUGCACUGAGCGUUUGUAUUUAAAAUACAUAUCA